CAUUGUGAUUCUCAGCAGUCGAUGAUAACGCUCGUGUUUCUUCAGCCUUUCGUUUUCUGCGAGCAGGAUUUUUUUAACCUAAUGUUUGUGUUUUUUAUUCUUUUUUUUUAUUUUGAGGACAAACUGCACUGAUUUUCCUGCACUUCUCAAUUUCUCUGGAUUUAUUCAGACUGGGAUUUUGGAAAAUUACCUUUUCACUAUUAUGGUGCUUGUAUUUUAGACCAUUUUGCUUUUUUGUGGGUCCAGACCAAGCCCCUGAACCUUAUCUUGCUUUCUUCCUUUGGCUCCUACUUCUUCUUCUUCUUCUUCUGCUUCUGGUUGUUAACAUAAUUACAGACAUGUAUUCAUUUCGCGCGCCUUCCUUGGCGAACAUGGGCGACUGAGACCCAGCGAAAGUGAUUGAAUCAUUUCUUUGAAUCACUUAUGAAUCAUAUUCCGAGCGUCGUAACGAGUCGCCGCGUGUGGACACAGGACUGACUGUCACUGAAGGAACCUCCAGGUGCCCGCUCCAGUCAUUGCAUGACUGCACAAGCCUGACGCAUCAGCAGAGGACGAGACUGCGGCAAUGGAAAGUAUCUCCAACCAAAGUGACUUUUGGCAAUUUAACGAGACCUGGAGGAACUCGAGUCUCCUCAACUCCAGCGGCGGAUCGAACCAGACGAAUCCCCUGAAGCGGAACGAGGAGGUGGCGAAGGUGGAGGUGACGGUGCUCGCCCUGGUGCUGUUCCUGGCGCUCGCGGGGAACUUGUGCGUGCUGCUCGCCAUCCACUCCACCAAACACAGCCAGUCCCGCAUGUAUUACUUCAUGAAGCACCUGAGCAUCGCGGAUCUGUUUGUGGCGAUAUUCCAAGUUCUCCCGCAACUUAUCUGGGACAUCACGUUUCGCUUCUAUGGACCUGACAUCGUGUGCAGACUCGUGAAAUACCUGCAGAUCGUUGGGAUGUUCGCGUCCACGUACAUGUUAGUUUUGAUGUCUGUCGACAGGUGUUUGGCGAUUUGUCAGCCGCUCCGUUCUUUGCACAAGAGGAAAGAUCGUAUCUACGUGGUGCUGUCGUGGUUCUUGAGUCUGCUCUUCAGUGUUCCACAGAUGUUCAUCUUCUCCAUGCGCGAGGUCGACCCGGCUGGAUCGCGAGUGUACGACUGCUGGGGCGACUUCGUGAAGCCGUGGGGAGCCAAAGCCUACAUCACCUGGAUCAGCCUCACCAUCUACAUCGUCCCGGUGACCAUACUGAGCAUCUGCUACGGUCUGAUCAGCUUCAAGAUUUGGCAAAACUUUAAACUGAAGACCAGGCGCGAGCAGUGCAUCAGCCUGACGCCCAAAACCUCCAAGAGCAACACGCUGGCCCGCGUGAGCAGCGUGAAGCUCAUCUCCAAGGCGAAGAUAACCACCGUGAAGAUGACUUUUGUCAUCGUCUUGGCUUACAUCGUCUGCUGGACCCCCUUUUUCUUUGUCCAGAUGUGGUCAGCGUGGGAUCCAGCAGCGCCUCGCGAGGCCAUGCCCUUCAUCAUCUCCAUGCUGCUCGCCAGCCUCAACAGCUGCUGUAACCCCUGGAUCUACAUGUGCUUCGCGGGACAUCUGUUCCAGGAUCUGAGGCAGAACUUCCUGUGCUGCCCCGCUCGCUACCUCAAGGCGUCGCAGUGCCGCUGCGAGCGUGACUUUGACUACAGCCACAAGAGCAACUCUUCCACGUUUGUCAUUAAGAGCACGAGCAGUCAGAGGAGCUUUUCGCUGAGCACCACAUAAGUGCGUCCACUUAACCCUCCGUUCUCCCCCUGAACCGGCCUACUUGGCCUUUAACCACGCGCUGUCGUCAAUAAAAAUACCCUGCAGUUUGACGUCUUCAGACACUUCCUGCCUCGAGGCUUGCUGUUUAAGCCCAAAAGGGCGGAAAUAACAAUUUAAAACAAAGUAUUUUAUUCAAAAUGUAUGUGUAAAAUUGGAAAAAACUGUAAUUAAGGAGCAAUAUUUUGUGAGUCAAGACAAAGACGAUGACGGGCCGAGUCGAGCACUUAACUGAAUGUUUCCUUUCUGUUUUUACAUUUCUGUUUUUUUUCCUCUUUUUUUAGAUGUA